AGUUACUCACCUUGCCUGUCUCGCGCGUCAGAAUGGAAGUCGAGGACGACGACGCAGUGGCGGCGGCGGCGAGCGCGUGGCCGGGUUCAACCAGGCGCUUCCACCUCCUUCAGUUCCUCCUCCACGCCUCCAAGCGGCUCGACCUCCAGCCCAUCGUCAAGUACUCCGCGCUCGCGUUCUUCGCCGGCCGCUUCCUCCCCGCGCUCUCGAGGCCUGGCUACGUCAGGAAGAUGGGCUUCUGCGGCGCGCGAAGCGGACGAGCCGUGAGGUCCUGGCUUCUCGAGCCUUUGAGGGAUAGCAACCUCGAGCUCUUCGCGCUCGUCGCAGUUUGGAUCGCCAGCAAGAUCCACGAUCUGAGGCCGCUGUCAGUGAAGAGCCUCAAAGCGUUGGGCGAUCGCAUCAUCGCCGACCAGCAUUUCACGUGCCGAGACUUCGCAAAUGCUGAAUUGGUGUUCAUGGAGGUAGUGGAGCAUAAUAUUGGAUCUACAAGAAUAGCUUUCAUAUACCUGGAGGAGCUUCUCAUCCAUUUCAGGGAAAUAUCAAAAUUAGGUGAUCUUUUGGAUCUGGAUGUGUGCAUGGAAAUAUUGGAUGUUCUGUAUGAGAAUGAAGAUACCUCUUUACUUUUUAACUCUCCUUGCUCACUUGCUGCUUCAACUCUUGUUGCUGCAUAUGCUAUAUCAGUUCCUAAGCAGACAUGGGAGUUUCCAAUCCUUCCUUGGGUCAGGUUUGCUACAUCGUAUGAUGAGGAGGAAAUCAUGAAGAUUGUUCUGACAAUUCUCCUGCAUGUGCUCAAACCUGAUGGGAUCAGAGAGAAGUACGAGGGAGAUUUCGAUGUCAGAUGUUUAUUGUGAAUAUGUGCAGAAUGUGCCCCAGUUUUGCCUUUGAGUUGUGAAGUAGUAACACCCUCAGACUGAGCACAGAAGAUACAUUCCUGUAGAAGACACUUCAGCCUCAUUUUGUCCAGCGGUUCAAGAUGUCCUGCCGCUAAAAAAAAAGAUUAAGAUGUCCUUAAUAGCCCUGUGAAGUGUGUGAACUGAACUAUAUGAUGAUUAAAGGAAUACACACACAAGCAUUUCGCAAUG